AUGGCGCAUGGACGCGCAGCAGGCCCGGGGCGGGGCAGGCCGGCCAAGUCGGCUCGGGAGGCCCUGCGCGGAGAUGGUGAGUCGGCGGGCGCGCCGGGGCCAAGCGGCGCGGGCGCGGGGCAGGUCGGCCAAGGCCAGCGCGCGGAGGCGGCCAUGGGGCGGGGCGGAGGGGCCACGGCGACCCGGCGCGCAGGGGAGUCGGCCGCGGAGGGCUCGGGCAUGGCCCGUCGGGGGCGCUCGCGCGGAGGUGUGGAGCCGGCUGGCAGUCUCGCGGGGAGGGAGGCGGCCGCGGCGACCCGGCGCGCAGGGGAGUCGGCCGCGGAGGGCUCGGUCGUGGCCCGACGCUGGUGCUCGUGUGGAGUAGGAGGAGGCCGGGGCUGCCCGCUGGAGCAAAGCAAGGCAAUGGUUGCUCUUGGAGCUGUAUCUGAGAUCAGUGCCAAGUGCAACUGA